ACACCAUUUUCCCUGUACUUGAGAAUAUUAUUAUCAACAUUAGCUUACUGUCUCAUUGAGACGAAGAUUAAAUAAGUUAAUCAGUAAAACUUGAUUUAUGAAUGGGUCAAGAUUUAUUUACUUUUGUCGCAAUCAAUAAGAAUGAUUCUGUAUCGAAAGAAGUGACUGUGAAUAUUUUUUGAGCUAAAACAAGUGACCAAGUAAAGAUAUGAAAGGAAACAGCAUGAAAUCAACUCCAACUACUCGUGGUUCCAGUGCCAGUUCAAGUCUCUCUCGAAGUGAUCGAUGUAUGAGACGAAUGUUUGAAUUAAGACCUGACCAUUGUGAUGUUACCUUGAUCACGGAAGAUGGUUACCAUAUCGAGGGACACAAAGUGGUUCUCUCGUCAGCUUUACCUUAUUUUAGUGCAAUGUUUACUCCUCGAAGUGGUUUAUCGUAUAUCGAAUCUGAACAAAGGGAAAUAUUAAUAAAAAAUAUUGAUGGUUCAGCUCUUGAAGAAAUAAUUAGAUGGUGUUAUAGUCUUCCUGUUGAACCUGAUGAAACCAAUGUACAACAAUUGCUUGCUGGAGCCAAAAUGUUGGAUUGUCCAGAGAUCGUUAGUAUUUGUUCAGAUUUUAUCAUCUCUCAACUUCAUCCAGAAAAUGCUCUUGGAAUCUAUUCUUUUUCGGACCUUUUAGGUUGUAGUGAUCUCAAUCAGUGUACUUUAAAUUAUAUUUUACAUAAUUUUACGUCGAUUAUUGAAAAAUCAGAUGAAUUUACACAAUUGACUCCAGAAAGGUUGAUAGAGAUUAUUUCUAGUGAACAUAUCGACACAGGUACUGGUGGUGAAGAAGUCGUGUUUUCUUCUGUCAUGAACUGGGUAUCUUAUGAUGAAGAAAAUAGGAAACAAUUUCUUCCUCAAUUGUUGGAACAUGUUCGUUUCCCUAAACUUGCCCAGCAAACUUUACUUCAAAUCGAAGAUCAAUAUCCAAUCAUCAAGAGUUAUCCUACUUGUAAAGAUUUGCUUAUUGAAGCAAUGAAAUAUCACCUGAGCAAAGGAACCAUUGUUUCCUCAAGUGCUCGCUUCCGAAAUCGCUCACCUGUGAUCAAACCUAAAUGUUUACUAGUAAUUGGAGGACAAUCACCAAAAGCAGUGAAACACUGUGAAUUUUAUGAUUUCACCACUGAACGUUGGUAUGAUUUGCCAAAUGGUUUACCAACGAGAACCUGUAGAGCUGGUUUGGCCAUUUUAAAUAGUCAUAUUUACAUUGUUGGAGGUUUCAAUGGAACCACUCGUCUCAAGACUGUUCAAUAUUUUAUCCCAUCCAAAGGCCAAUGGGUAGCCUGUCCAGACAUGCAAGCUCGACGUUCAACUUUAGGGGUUGGCGUUUUAGAUGAUAAAAUUUACGCUGUGGGUGGUUUUGAUGGUACUUCAGGAUUAAAAUCAGCUGAAGUUUAUGAUCCUUACAAAUGUACCUGGUCUUACAUUGCCUCAAUGUCAACCAAAAGAUCUUCUGUCGGAGUGGCAACCCUUAAUAACCACAUUUAUGCAGUUGGUGGGUACGAUGGUGCAUCGCGAAGCUGUCUUUCCUCCGUUGAAUAUUAUGACAUGACCAGAGAUUCUUGGCAUCUUCUCCCUGAAAUGUCUCAACGUCGCAGUGGUGCCUGUGUCAGUGUUUUAGAUGGCAAACUAUAUGCCAUUGGAGGCCAUGAUGGACCUGCUGUGAGGAAAAGCGUUGAAUUUUAUGAUCCUGUUGCCAAUUGUUGGAUGCAAUGUGCUGACAUGAUUGUUGCUCGACGAAAUGCUGGUGUUGUUACCAAAGAUGGUCUACUCUAUGUGAUUGGUGGUGACGAAGGUUUUGAUAAUAUUGCUUCGGUUGAAAUUUAUGAUCCUCGUAAAAAUCAAUGGACAAUGUUACCCCAAGAGAUGUCCAUUAAACGCAGUUACUCUAGUGUUGGUAUUAUUGAUAAAUUUAAACCUUUAGACGAUGAUGUCCUUGUUUCGGUCGCUUCUGGAGAUGCUGUUGAACAAGGAACAUCACAUAUUGAUAGCAGAGAGCUUCAUGAAUCUCGAUCAACAUAAAAAUCAUCAUCAACGUAAAAUCAAAAGAACAACAAUUUGGAUAAUUGUAUGCAACAACCAAUUUGAACAAUUUGCCAACAUUUUGUUUAAUGUUUAAUUACCCUAAGCCAUUACCCUAAACAUUUCAACAUCAAACCAUUUUUAUUCAAAAAAUUCAAUAAGCUGAUCAAUCAGUCAACCAAUGCUUCCUCAUUUAUCAAUGGCGAUAACUAUUAUCAUCAUAUAAAUUUCAUAAUUAUUUUCUUUGUCAUCAAUGUACAGUUUUGGUUUAAUCAAUAACUCCAUUUUAUUUGUUCAUUAUCUCACACUCGAUUCACUCUCAUUUACAGGAUCAUACCUGAUAAGACAUUCAAAGUCAACAUCAACAUCCCCGCAACAUUGUACAAUUGAAAGGAUGCAUUGUGAUCUGAACAAUUCAAUGCAUGAUCUGGAAUCGAUGAGUCGGAUUGAGGCAAUUGGUAUUACAAUGUAAAUACAAAAAGGCAACAAAGAUUCGGAGUGACUAUGAUGAGAUCGAAAAAGCUUCUAUGGUGUUUUAGGUCACAAACUAGACUUAAUGCAACUUUCAUGACCUGAAAUCUCUUCAACAUGACAAUAACAGAUGAUUAACCGUCCAAGUCUACUUCAUUUGCGAUCCAUUCACCAUUAUAAUCAUCUUUUAUCUAGCAGAUUAACUAGCACUAUACAGUAAAACUCAAGGCUCAGUCAAUUAACCCAAAGAUGUGAAUAAUAUUUUAAAGGCCCUGUUAAUCGUUAAUCUACAAGAGUUGGCCUUUUCUGACGUGAUGAGAUUCCUACAAUUUAACAAACCGUCUAAAGAGCGUCACAAAAUUGCAGUUACAGAAACAUCGAUACAACUCCUUUUCAUUAUCUUCAUCAUGUCUCAAUAAAUAAUAUCUCUUGUUCAUUACCCAAACAGUAUAAAUGUGUAAAUAUUCACUUGAUUUGUAAUUACAUGAAUCUGAUUAAAGGCUCUUUCUAAAUAAACUUGAGAAACCUUCUGAACAAACUAAAA